CGCCUGUCGGGAGUUCGCCGGCAGGGACGUCGCGGCGGACGCUUGCUCACGCCGUCGAUGUAGGUCCCGUGCGAUGGUUCAGUAGAAGAGCCGACGCUGGGCGGCGAGGGCGCCCGGCCGCGGGAGGAUGAACGGCGAGGAGGAAUUCUUUGACGCCGUCACAGGCUUUGAUUCCGAGAACUCUUCCGGGCAGUUUCCAGAGGCGAAUCCGAGAGUUGCUGCCGCGAUGUGUGUGGACGCCGGCACAAGUCACGGGGCCAGGAAGGCCGGGGAGAGGUCCCCUCAGGAGAAUGGGGUUCAGAAGCACAGGACGGCGCUGCCCGCCCCGAUGUUCACCAGGAGCGACUUCAGCGUGUGGAGCAUACUGAAGAAGUGCAUCGGCCUGGAGCUGUCCAAGAUCACCAUGCCCAUCGCCUUCAACGAGCCUCUGAGCUUCCUGCAGCGGAUCACGGAGUACAUGGAGCACGUGUACCUCAUCCACAGAGCCUCCUGCCAGCCGCAGGCCCUGGAAAGGAUGCAGUGCGUAGCUGCGUUUGCGGUGUCGGCGGUGGCUUCCCAGUGGGAGAGGACCGGCAAGCCCUUCAACCCGCUCCUGGGAGAGACAUACGAGCUGAUCAGAGUCUGUGGGGAGAGCAGACUGGAGGACAGCAUGUCUUCAGUGUUCAGAAAGCGUGACGGAGAUGCUGCCCCCGGGACGGGGUUAGAGGGCACAGAGCUGCUGUGGGCGUCUGUGUGGGCGACCCCGGCACUCCGGGACGCCGCCCCCGCCCCGGCCUCCCCGGACAUUUCCCAUCGCGCAUCGGAAGCCCGUGUUUAUCUUUCCCGCAGAACCGGAGACAAGUGCGUGCUUCAUUUUAAACCGUGUGGCCUGUUCGGAAAAGAGCUUCAUAAAGUGGAGGGACACAUCCAGGAUAAAAACAAGAAGAAGCUUUUCAUUAUCUAUGGAAAAUGGACAGAGUGUCUGUGGGGAAUAGAGCCUGCCGCGUACGAGUCCUUCAAGAAACGGGAGAGGAGAGGCGACCACCCGGACAAGCCGCAGCCGGACGACAGCCCCCAGAAAGCCGACGGCGACGCGGCCGACGCUGUGCCCGAGGCUCAGGAGACCGUGCAGGCCAUUCCCGGCAGCAAGCUGCUCUGGAGGGUCAACACGCGGCCCCCCAACUCUGCCCAGAUGUACAACUUCACCAGCUUCACCGUCAGUCUCAACGAGCUGCAGAGCGGCAUGGAGAAGACCCUGGCCCCCACGGACUGCCGCCUGCGCCCCGACAUCCGCGGCAUGGAGAACGGCGACAUGGGCUGCUGCCGGCCUGUCACUGGGGCCUCGGGGCCUCUGGGGGCCCGGCCCGCAUCACAGAAGCUCACCGUGCCCGCGGCGGCAAAAGCCAGUGUCGGCGAGGAUGUGGAGACCUCGGACUCGUGCACUGUCGGUGGGAACCGGAAACGGGGCAGCCGCUGUGGAAGACAGUUAUGA